CAGGACAGAUUAAUUAGCGGUUGCUCUUAACAAAGCGAAAAACUCAAAACUCUAAAGAUACAUUGUUCGAGGACAGAAAGUUUAUUCAGUUUAUUCUGUUUAGACCGAGUUUUCACAGUGUGUCUACAAUCCACUUGAUCAUGUCUUCAUCACCGUCUUCUACAGACUUUGUUGGAGGUGUUGAAAAGGUGGAUUUUCCCCUCCCUAUCACCACUGUCAGCAUCUCGACUUCAUCGUUGUUCGCUAGGUGCAUCGAUGUAGAAGAAGCUGGAAAAGUGGAUUUACCCCCAACUACCUUUCCGGUGAACUACUCCCCCCUACUGUCCGCUGAGGGCAUUUUCGGAGGACACGCCGAUGUGGUAAAUAUUGUUCCGAACGCUGAAACGUCUGUUCUAUGGCCUGGACCGUUAUCAGACGACAGCGUUUGGUUACAAACAGAAGGAGAACAGGAGAGUGUUAUAGCUGCUAAAAACAACAUAGCAGCAGUGGAUUUUGUUCUUCCAAAUGCUGUGUUGUCUUCUGAGAUUGUUCAGCACCCUGGACCCUCAGAAGCCAUAAACAGUGUUUGUUUUGAAGAAGGAGGAGACGAGAAUGCUGAAAACAUCCCAUCAGGGAAAAACCCAGCAAAAUCCAUUAAAAGAAGAAUUGCAAAAUUUUUCCGUACAAUGGGGAAGAAGAUUAUGAGCCCCUUUGUUUACUGCUUGGGGAGGAACAAAGUGGUACCUUUCAUACCUUCCCCAGAGCUGAAACCGGGGAAUCUGGGGAAGGCCAAUGAUGAUCUGGACAAAUUACAGAUGAAGACCAGUUCCGGGAUGAAGGCUGAUGAUGAUAUUGCCCAUGCCGUGGCAAAGGCAGACUAUGAUCUGCCGAAUACUACAAAGACUGAGGAUGUAUCUUCCGCCCCCCAGCAUUACACUGGCACUUCUUCCGUCAGUAUUCCUCAGUCCGUCAUCCUGAGGGCAGAUACCAGUCUGCAUAUUUUGGAUUUAAGCGAAGACGAUUCAGUCGAUACUGUGCUGAAUGCUUGCACCAAUCCUGCCAAUCCCAAGCCAAAGAAGCCAACGUCAUCUACUAGCGAUGAGGGGCUUGGGGCGAGUGGCUUUACCGGCAGGAUGUACCAAAAAAGCCAUGAAUCUGCUGGCAAACAGGGUUUCAUUAUUCCAUGUGAACCCAAGGAGAAGACGGACACCAACCCUGCCAAUCCCAAGCCAAAGAAGCCAGCCUCAUCUACUAGCCAUGAGGGGCUUGGGGCGAGUGGCUUUACCGGCAGGAUGUACCAAAACAGCCAUGAAUCUGAUGGCAAACAGGUCGACAUAAAGCAAGUUUGGGAAUGGAAACCUAAUCCUUACACUGAUAUUAAGGCUAACAACAAUUCAGAUGAUGCCAAAUUUAAGACUGGCACCAUUCCCAAGACAAAGGGUUUCAUUAUUCCAUGUGAACCCAAGGAGAAGACGGACACCAACCCUGCCAAUCCCAAGCCAAAGAAGCCAGCCUCAUCUACUAGCCAUGAGGUGCUUGGGGCGAGUGGCUUUACCGGCAGGAUGUACCAAAACAGCCAUGAAUCUGAUGGCAAACAGGGUUUCAUUAUUCCAUGUGAACCCAAGGAGAAGACAGAAACCAACCCUGCCAAUCCCAAGCCAAAGAAGCCAGCCUCAUCUACUAGCGAUGAGGUGCCUGGGGUGAUUGGCUUUACCAGCAGGGUGUACCAAGAAAGAGAAGACUCCGAUGGCAAACAGGUCAACAUCAAGCAAGUUUCAAAAUGGACCCGUAACCCCUGCAUUAAUAUUAAGGCUGACAAUAAUCCAGGCAAUGCCAAAUUAAAGACUGGCACCAUUCCCAAGGCAAAGGUUGGCACCGGUGUUGGCAAUCCAGUUCGAAAGCCUGUUGUUAUUCCAUGUGGUAUCAUGGUGAAGGCAGACCCCAAACCUGCCAUCCCCAAAAAGACGGCUGUUUUUCACAAGCGUGAUAAGAAGGUGAAGGCAGACCCCAAACCUGCCAUCCCCAAAAAGGCGGCUGUUUUUCAUAAGCGUGAUAAGGUGAAGGCAGUAACCAAACCUGCCAUUCCAAAGAAGACAGCUGAUACCGAGGUGAAAGCAGAUACAGAGGAGCUCGAUCCGGCACACAGAACCUUGUUUGAUGAUUAUUGUAUUGAUACAGAUAAUCCGCUUGGUAAAGGUAGCUUUGGCACUGUGUUCCCGGGGACCUGUAAAUCUGAUGGCAAACCGGUUGCUGUCAAGUUUGUGAAACGAAAGCAACCAAACCGUUUCUUUAGUACGCCUGGAUCUGGACUGGUUCUUACAGAACUAGCAGUGUUGCUCAGGUUAAAGGAAAAUCCAAACCCUUAUGUGAUCAAACUUUAUGACAGCUAUGAGGAUCCGGCUUACUUCAUACUCGUCAUGGAGCGGCCUGAUCCUUGCACGACCUUGCAUGAGUUUAUUAAAUUUCAACGAGGUCUUCUGGAAUCAACAGCACGCACUCUAAUGCGUCAGGCAGUCAUCGCAGUGAAACAUUGCUUUAAGCAUGAGAUUUUUCAUACUGACCUCCAUGCUGGCAACUUCCUGGUGGAUAAAAACAACAUGCUGCUGAAGCUGAUCGACUUUGGGUGCUGUGACCGAUUAAGAGAUACAGCCUAUGCAUACGAAGAGUAUUUGGGGGCACUGGCUUAUCGGCCACCUGAGGUCCGCAACAGGGGCAGAUACCACGCCAUGUCAAGCAGUGUCUGGUCUCUGGGAACUCUGCUCUAUUAUAUGGUUAAUGAAAACUUGCCCUUUCCCAAAUAUGGGCCGGUUACUGAAGGCAUAAUAAACUAUGAGAAUGACUAUUUAACAAAGGGGAAAAAAAACAGCAAAAUCCAUUAAAAGAAAAAUUACAAAAUAUUUCCAGACAAUGGGGAAGAAGAUAAAGAGCCCCUUUGUUCACUGCUUCGGGAGGAACAAAGUGGUACCUCUCAUACCCUCCCCAGAGCUGAAACCGGGGAAUCCGGGGAAGGCCAAUGAUGAUCUGGUCAAAUCAGAGAUGAAGACCAGUUCCAGGAUGAAGGCUGAUGAUGAUAUUGGCCAUCCCGUGGCAAAGGCAGACUAUGAUCUGCCGGAUACUACAAAGACUGAGGAUGUAUCGUCCGCCCCCCAGCAUUACACUGGCACUUAUUCCAUCAGUAAUGGACUUAAGGCUACUGAUGCCCAAGCCUUAACCAAGCUGGGGGCAGAGAAACGUCUGACCAAUUUCGGCUUAAACUCUGAUCCCAGUUCAGCCGACCCUCAGAUGACUGGCAUUUAUUUGGUCAGCGUUGGACAAAAGGUUAAAACAACCUUUCCUAUCCUGAGGGCAGACACCAGUCUGCAUAUUUUGGAUUUUUGCGAAGAAGAUUCAGUCGAUACCGUGCUGAAUGC